GGAACCAGACUUGUGUUCCUCGUCGUGGCUCGUGAGAUCGAUCAAGAAGCACUAGCAGAGAGCAACGACGGAUCAAACGGGCAGUGCGCUCGAAUCUCCGAGCCUGGCGGCCCCGUCCACACCGCACCAAUCUCCAAUCUCCUGCCCUGCUGUGUUUAAAAGGCGCACGCAUCCCCAGCUCACCAUCACACCACCAGUCACCAAGCGCGCGCCGCAACCUGACAGCCCUCGACUCGACAACUCCCCCACAUGGCGAUGACGCCGCCGCCUCCUGCUCCGGCCGCCGCCGCCAAGGCCGGGGCGCACAGCGUCUUCGUGUACGGGAGCCUCAUGGCGGACGAGGUGGUCCGCGCCAUCCUCAAGCGCGUCCCGCCCGCCGCCCCGGCGAUCCUCCCGAACUACCACCGGUUCAACAUCAAGGGCCGUAUUUACCCGGCGAUCCUGCCCGUCGAGAGCAAGAAAGUUGCAGGGAUGGUUGUCAUGGGUGUCACUGACGAGGAGCUCCAAGUCCUGGAUGCAUUUGAAGAUGUGGAGUACACGAGGACACGAGUUGAGAUAUCAUUAACCGACUCUUCGGAGAAAAUGUUGGCUGACACUUAUGUAUGGAGCGAUGCACAGGAUCCAGAUCUAUAUGGCGAAUGGGAUUUUGAGGAGUGGAAGAGGCUGCAUAUGAAGGAUUUCCUCGCGAUGACUAAUGGUUUCAUGCACGGUCUCGAACAGCCUGAAGCGAAGACCCGGGUUGAGACCUACCAGUCAUUCAUGCAACAACAGGAACAGCCUGCAUCGGAGACCCGUGAGAGUUGAGACCUGUUGUUCUGCUGGUCAUUCUCAGAAGAAAUUGUACUGGCAGUGCCCUGUACUAUCUGUAAUAAGUUGCUUACAUGAUUUGUGAAUAAGAUCUUUAUAGGAUCCCGUAUAAAAUUACACAUAUGAAAUAAAAUCUCAUCGGAGAGAUUUCUGUUGAUCCUA